AUGCGGUGGUCCUUGUUAUCCGUCGUGUCGCUGCUGGCUCCUCUGUUACGGGCCAACCCGAUUAGCAAUGUGCAAGCCGGUGCCAAGGCUUCUGCCACCCCCACGACAACGCCAGGACUACCAAGACUCAUUGUCUACUUUCAGACCACGCAUGAUCAGGCUGGCAACCCAAUUUCUAUGCUGCCCCUUAUCAACGAGAAGGGAAUAGCCCUUACCCAUCUCAUUGUCUGUUCUCUUCACAUAAACAGGGACGCAGAGAUUCACUUGAAUGACUACCCGCCCGGGGACCCUCACUUCUACACGCUAUGGAAUGAGACGACGCACAUGAAAAAGGCAGGAGUGAAAGUCAUGGGCAUGAUUGGAGGUGCCGCACCGGGCUCAUUUGACUCGUCGACCCUCGACGGAGACGCUGUGACCUUUGAAGAAUACUACACUCAAGUCCGAGACGUCAUCAACACAUUUGGUCUACAAGGCAUGGAUUUGGAUGUCGAACAGCCAAUGAGCCAGUCUGGAAUUUCCAGGCUCAUCAGCCGACUACGCAAAGAUUUUGGACGCGGGUUCAUCAUUACGUUGGCUCCAGUCGCAUCUGCGCUCAGAAAUGGCGGAAAUCUCAGCGGCUUCAACUACAAAUCCCUCGAAUCCAGUAAUGGCCGUGAUAUAUCAUUCUACAAUGGGCAAUUCUACAGUGGGUUCGGCACUAUGGCACGCACCGACGACUACGUUAGAAUUGUGUCCAAUGGCUUUACGGUGUCAAAGGUGGUCGCUGGACAGCUCACCUCGUCCGACAAUGGAUACGGUUACGUCCCUUACAGUCAGCUAAAUGCCACUAUCAUAUCUCUCCGCGACAAGUACGGCCAGAUUGGGGGUGUAAUGGGAUGGGAAUACUUCAAUAGCCAACCUGGAGGUACCUCAGAGCCCUGGGAAUGGGCACAAGUCGUGACCGAGAUACUCCGACCAAACUCCAUUCCUGAUCUUAGGAUAACAAUGGGCGAUGCAGAUCAUCUCACUGCCGUAUAUGACCGCACAGUGGGUGAUGCAUCCCCCAAUGCCCGCCCAGGAUCGCGAGCUAUUGACUACUACGCCAUGGUCAACGCCUGA